GACAGACUUUUUAUAAAACAUUUUUUUGUGUGAGUUCAUUAAUAGUGCUAUUUAAGUAUCUUCCAAAAUAAUUUAUUUAGUCUACGACUUAUCUAAUAUGCGUUUCUUAAGUUUUCUAUUGUGUGUAUGUUUUGUUCUAUAUAAACCAAGUUUUUCAAAAUCGAUUUUAAGAUAUCGAAGAGACACGGUACGAAACCCUUCAAGAAAAUGGCCAGGUGGAACAGUGCCGUUUCUUUAUUCAGCUAAUACAAGCUACCAAACUAAAAUGGCGUUCGAAGAAGCAGUAAGAGAGAUCCAAAAAGUAUCGUGUGUAAGAUUUGUUCCAAGGACGCAUGAAAAAGAUUAUGUCAGAGUUAUCACAGGAGCAGGAUGCUAUUCAAUGAUCGGCAAAGAUGGCGGUGAGCAAGAGCUUUCCCUGGGACAAGGUUGUUAUCGGAAAGGAAUUUCACUUCACGAAAUAAUGCAUUUACUUGGAUUUUUUCACGAACAAUCAAGACCAGAUAGAGAUGAUCAUGUAACUAUACAUAGCUCUCACAUAUCAGAAGAUGCUCGAACUCAAUUUCGAAAGUAUCGUUACGAAGACGGAGAUACACUUGGAGAAGAUUAUGAUCCAGAUUCGAUAAUGCAUUAUGAAAAUAAUGCGUUUUCAAAAAAUGGUCAAUCAACAAUAACUCAUAAAAAAUAUCCAUGGAAAAGUUUUGGUCAAAGAGAAAAAUUAAGUGACAUUGAUAAAAUUCAACUUAAUAAAUUAUACAGGUGUAAGAAAACAAACGAUAGCAACGAUAUUGAUAAAAAAAUCAACGAAAAUAGUAAAAUCACUUCUAAUACAGAUAAAGUCGUAUGUGCAGACAAUCAAUGGUCAUCUUUAAACGGAGAGUGUAUAAUUGGAUAUUUUAUGGGUCGUUGCAACAGCUCCCCAGUAAGAAUGUCUAUGCUGUGUCCAAAAACAUGUGGAUUUUGUAGUCCAACUUGCAAAGACAAUUCUCCAUUUUGUUCAUCGUUAUCAGGUUUUGUUUUCUGCGAAAGCAACUACGCAAAAAACAGGUGUAAAAAAUCAUGCGGUUUUUGUUAGUUCUCUGGUUGAUAAUAAACCAAUUGAAUAUAUUUGCAAAUAAAAUUAAAAAACUUUC